GCUGCCUCACACUGGUCACCGCUGCUCUCCCUGCGGCCCUGUUUUCGCCGCCACUCUUCCCACCCCCUUCUUAUCUCCCCCGCUCUCCCUGCAGCCCUCUUUUCACAGGUGGCUGCUCUCCCCGGGCUCUUCCCACCCCCGAGAGCCUGAGAGAGAGAGCCGGGGCCAGGUGGCUGGCCGCUGGAAGAAGCAGCCAAGCCCCUACGCCCCCCCCCCCCAUUUUACCCACCCACAAAUUUCUGGCUAUGGCUUGUAGUAAGCAAGCCUGUAGAGUGUACGGUAUUAUUUAAAAGCGUGGCAGCAGGAAACCGCAUUUUCGGUUUGUUCUUCUUAGUCCCUUCUCAGUUUGAUGGCAGAAGCUACCUCUUGUUCCGGUCCCUUAUCGCGGUGAAUUGUGGGAGUUGUAUUUUUUCCCUUGCGGAAAACCAUAUCGUUCAGCCGGAAUUGCACUACAAAACCCACAAGAGCUCUCCUUCCGUCAUGUGAUACUGAAAUUUAUUAACGAGGCCUUUCAAAUAGGCAGGUGACGAAUGUGUUUCGCUUCCGUAAAUAUGAGGGCGCAGUAGCGGUAGAUCGGAUAAAUGUCAAGCUGCAGGUAAAGAAACACAUUUGCUGGAGCACCAACAGUUACCCUGUGGAAUGGAAGAAAGAAAAACCAAAAGGAAGAGUCCCAAAACAUCCAACACUCAUGUCACUCAGGUGGUCAACAGUAAGAAAAGUUCUUUGCCUCCUAGUAAAAGUACUGCCUUUUCAAACUCUACACCACAGCCGUCUUUGCAGAAACCAAAGCUGAAAAGAGGCAUAAAAGAGAGAGUUAAACCACUUGGAGCAGAAAGCAAAGGAGCACAGUCAGCUCCAAUCCAACACUCAUUUCUUACAGAUGUAUCAGAUGUUCAAGAGAUGGAAAAAGGGCUUCUGAAUCUUCUGAAUGACUUCCACUCUGGCAAACUUCAAGCAUUUGGAAAUGAAUGUUCCAUUGAGCAAAUGGAGCAUGUGCGAGGGAUGCAGGAGAAGCUGGCACGUCUGAAUCUGGAGCUUUAUGGGGAGUUGGAAGAACUCCCUGAAGACAAGAGAAAAGUAGCCAGUGAUUCUAACCUGGACAGAUUGCUAUCAGAUCUAGAAGAACUGAAUUCUUCGAUACAAAAACUUCAUUUAGCAGAUGCUCAAGGUGUUUCAAAUACCAGCACAAGUUAAAACUGCAGUUUUUGGAUGUCAUCUUAAUUUGCAGUGCAUUCUUUCUGCAUCUCCUGCAGCAAAUGCAAAUGUUUCUGUUCAUACAUUCCUCUUGGCAGAUGUGAAUGCUGCAACUGUGCCAGGGUUGGAGUAUAGGGUACUAAAUUGCCAUGUCUUGCUGCUAUGCUUUGUAUUAUUGCCUUAUCCGACACAGAAUGUUGGGAAAACUUGAAAGUGCAUUUGAAUUCUCAGUGUUCAAAUCAGUUGGAAUUUCAUAUAAAGUUCUAAUAAAACAGAGUUUUGGUUAAGUUAGUAAUAAAUGUUGCUGUCUCUUUCACACAAUGUAGAAAAUCAACAUACCGCUUAGUGUGGGUUUUUUGGACAGUGGUAUUGUUCAUUUAAUGAAUAUUUAAUUUAUUUUAGCAAUAAAACUUGUUUUAAAGAUUA